UGUCGGCACGGAGUGGGCAUGGUUGGCACGGUAGACGACGAAGGAUGGGUUAGUCGCGCGGUGCUCGUUUUGCGUCGUAAAAUUCGCACGGAAGGCUAAGUGGUCACCGACUCCAUGGCGGUUGAGGGAUGCUGACAGCGAGUCUUUGAUCGCGCACACGUGCCGUUACAAGCACACAAGCUGUCAUCCGCGAUGGAGAACCCUGGGCUGAAACUGACCGAUGGUGAGCAGCGCUAUUUCGGCGAGCUCUUCUCAGCCUACGACGUCGAUGGGCAAGAGAAAAUAUCUGGCUCCAAGGCGUCCGAGCUGCUACUGGCGACGCAGCUACCGACCGAAACUCUCCAGCAGAUUACCGAGCUGUGCGGUGCCAAACGCCUGGGCCACUUCGGUCGUCCCCAGUUCUACCUGGCCAUGAAACUGAUAGCGGCUGCACAGGCCGGCCUUCCCCUCAAGUUGGACACUUUCUCUUCAGGCGUUGAAGUUCCCCUCCCGAGGUUCCAUCGGCCCAACGACCACGCUGGCCACCCAACCCAACUGCCGCCUCCGCCAUCGAAGAGCCACAACAAGGCGACCAGGCAGCCCAGCCUGAAGGAGCUUGAGCUGUCACCGCAGCAUCAGCCGUACGGCCCAGCUGUAGCCGGCUACCCCCAAGUGCCCCCGAGAGAAUCGAGGGACUCCUCUCCCGAGGUGCACAUGGGCUCCGACAAGACGUGGACCAAAUUCAACCAGACAGGUGAUGGGCAGCUAAACUGGAGCCACUUUGAGGAGCACCGGCAGCUACUGGGCAACGAGGAGGACAGCAGCGACCGGCAUUCGAGUGACGAAGAACACGACGUCUGGAGCAUCGCGGACGACCAGCGAGACUACUACACCAACCAGUUCCAGCUCAUGCAGCCCGACCUGCGGGGAAAGAUCACUGGUGCUAUCGCCAAGGAGUUCUUUGAGAAGUCCAAGCUUCCUGUUCACGAGCUAUCCAAGAUAUGGCAACUUUCUGAUGUGGACAAGGACGGUGCGCUAAGCAUCGAGGAGUUCUGCACUGCCAUGCAUCUGGUAGUUCUACGAAGAAACAACAUUGAGCUUCCAGAGACCCUUCCACCUUGUCUGAUUCCCAAGGUUCCUGCCAGCAAAGGAGUGGACGUCGUGGAUGGAACAGCUUACCAGAUGCCACCGCAUCCCGUCGCCCAGCCGGCCCGCAUAGCCAGCCCCAAAAGCCACACGCCACCUGCUUCGAAAGAACCACUCUCGCCUCAGAACAAAGAAUGGACCAAGUUCAGCGACUCCCCUACUAGCACUGUGUCAUCUCCCAGCAUGAAGCCGGUGAAUUUCGAUUUCUCCACGGCCUCUGUUGAACAGGAUCCAAGGAUUCUGCACCCUGUCGCUCGUCGCGUGUCGCCUGACGGGUGUGCUCUCCCCUACAACGAUCAGGACAAGGUGGGCUUGGCUGCAGAUGCGUGUGGUGACUGCAGGUCUGGCGCAGCACCAAAAAACAUAGUGAAAAGGCUUUCUGGCCCUGCUGUGCCUACAGCUCCUCAGCAGACAUUGGCUUACGUUGUCACAACUGAAGUCUCUGGAGACAAUGCUGCAAACUCGUUCUCGGGGGCAACGGGUGCCGUGGCAACCGGCUCCCAGGGCCAACUGCCCCCCAAGAAGGAGCCUCCUCCCCCACCACCCCCGAGGCCCAAACGCAACCACACCCGCAGCUCCUCGCUUGACCUCAACCGCCUGGGCAAGGCAAAUCCACAAGGUCUGGGAGCCCCACCGGCUGUACCCCCAAGGAUUUCUCCAGGGAAUGCUACAAAGAGCUUCACCGGAGACAUUCCUCGAGCAUUUGAUUUUGCCGACUUCGACCAGUUUGCCGAAUCGCGCAGUGAUGUUGCAAGCGCUCCAGUUCAGCAGCUUCAGCCUGGUGCAUUUGAGGUUUACAAGAAGCCUUCGGCUGAAUACAUGAUGUCAUCACCGUAUUCAUCGGAGUCCGAGUACAGUGACUUCUUCGAUGAAUUGGACUCUAGUCCAGCCCCCACAGAUGACAGUGCAAUGCUUCUAGUCGAUGACCAGAUGGACGACGCCAACGAAAAAAAGAAACGGCGCAAGGCACCACCGGCCAUGGCAGCCACUGAACUGAAGACCAUUCCAAAUGAGAAGUACGGCUUGCAGCAGGCAGUGCGGGCCCACCGCGAACGAAACAACAUGCUCAUGCUCCUCAACACCGAACUGAACCAGGAGUUGGUGGAGGCAACUGAGGAGCGACUCUCGCUUGAGCUGCAGCUGGAGAACCUCAAGCCCUUCUCGUGCUGAUGCAAGCACUCGAGACGGGAAAUUCAUCCCCCGCAUUGCUCCAUCCCUCCUUUGGCCCUCCUACCAUAGGAGGACUACUCAAUUUGUCGAAACCACUCCCUCCUUCGCUCCUGGUCUUAAAAAUCUUCUCCCCUUGCUUUUCCCGAAGGUUCAGCAAGGAAAAACGAAAUGCUGAUGUAUUGAAAUUUGAUGAGAGAGGGCAAGCAAGUUAACUAAAGUUCUGUGGAGCGUGUCUUAGCCAAUCACGGUUGAAUAAAAGCCCGUGGCCACUGCAGCUAAUCGCAGUUGUCAUUUUGUGCCUGCUUAUUUUUUUCACAUUGGGGCUUCUUGUUCUUGGUCUCAAAAUUCUCUCUCCUUGCUUCUCCCGGAGGUAUACGAGGGAAGAACAAAAUUCUAAUGAAAUUUGACUUCAAGACUGGGCAAGCGAGGUAACAAAAGCUCUGUGAAGCAUGUCUUAGCCGAUCGCGGUUAAAAGUUUGGAGCCACUGCAGCUGAUCACCGCUGUCAUUUCGUGCUUGCUUUUUCAUUUCCCUCAGUGCUUUCUGCUCUGUGUUCAUAUUUCUGGUUAAAAGAAGGCAUACUGCUGUGAAGGUUCACUUGGAGUUAGACAAAUAUGCAGCAUCAAAACAGUCUUGGCAAAGCCGUAUCACUGGUUAGCUUUCAAAGUUAUUAAUAUCAUUAUUUCUAUCUUAAAAUUGCAAUUCAGCUGAUUAUGGAACACUCUGCGAUCUUAAGCAUGCUGCAGUGUACCUCGCUCAUUUUCGGCAUUCUUAAUACUGCAUCUGUACUUCUAAUUUUGGUGUCGGAAACAUUUCUUAUUGAUGGCUUCAUGUUGUGCGUCGACUCAUAUUUUAUGUAGAAACGUCAAUGGAGGCUGAGUCGUCUGUGUUUUGCAACUAGGCUACACUUUCAGACAGUUCGUUGGUCUUUAGUGAUUGCCUGCAAUGCCGCUAUUGUCAUAAUUGGCUGCACUGUGUGACGGAUGAAAAUAUGAGAUAAACAAUUGUUACAAGAGGACCCUUCAUGGGUGCUCUCUCCUGUUCUUUCAGUGUUGAGGCUGGCUGUUGCUGACGAGUUUUAAGCAUUGUUAUUUAUUGAACGUGGGUUUUGUCCUGUGUUUUUAAGAACUUUCAUCCCCGACGUUACGUGUCCGAGGGUACGCAUACGUGUCCUGUCCAGUCGUCCUUGGCCAGGCGUUGAAGCAUUCUGUGUUCUCUUUGCAACUUCGAUGCUUGCUGCAGUGACGUGACAACAACAUUUUGGCAGGCUUUAAGGCUUAACCUUCACUUAAGAGAUAUUUCAGCAGCAGUGUUGGGGUUCGUUGUGAAGCUGCCAACCUUGCCUGCACAAUCACAAUCGUGUAACUGCGUGAUGAUUCGCGGACGUAGCUCUGGUAUACGGUGCAUCUGUGUGCUUUGGUUACGAGCACUCGAGCUGCUGAGCCACUCAUGAUUGGGCGGUACACAGCACUCGUUUUGCGGCACUGGUUACACUAAAGCUACGGAGUGCCGUUGGCAUUGUGCAGUUGGCAUUGUGCAGCGAGGCGUCUUCACUUUCGUUUGGCACCUGUGUACAACUGUAAACUGAAGCGUGCCAUGUCAAAGCUGUGUUCUUUGUCUAGCACUAUCAUGUUUUUGCUUUCCUUGGCAAUACGCCAGGUCUGGAAAAGGGGGCUCCCCGGUAGAGACAGUAGUGAUAUGUACAUAACUUAGUCUUGUACAAACGGAUGUGGAAGAAAAGAUGGCAACCUUACAAGAGAGCCUCCAUCCCGUCUGGCAUGUAUGCAACUGUGUCUGUGUGCAUAUAGGUUGUAAAGUGGUAUAAAUAUUAUAUACAUAUAAUGCGUGAAUGGGUGUAUAAAUAUUUUCAUUUACACAUGGUAUGCGGUGAGUGGCGUGUUAUCCCGUUGUCGUGUCCCUCUGGCAGCUUCUUACCGUGCACGCAGGGGCGACACUUCCCACACCUGCAAGGCGGCCGGAGGAAAAUGUUGGCCCGGCAGCAGGCGUACUUCUUGGCAUUGAUGUGUAACAUACCAGAUCUUAAAUUUGAUAAAUAUUGAAGCCGGUGCCAAAGUACUUCUCCGAGUUGAAAAUUUUUCUAUUGCUGCAGCCACAUUUUUCUCCAGCAAAAAACUGCAUCGUGUGAAGCCAUUGACUAUACCUGCUCUCCGAGCAGUACUUGGGAAGUUGUUCUAGAAGCAAAUAUUUUUCAUAGUGUUCACUCGGACACUUGCUCCGACGUUAUUCGGGAGGUCAUUGCCCGUGCUCCGACACCUUGUUUCUUCACGAGAUUGUCAAGGACCUCGAACAUUUUAUUUUGUCGUUUUAGCAUGGGCUCGAUAUCUUGAGUGCAGGCAGGCACAUUGAGUAGUGUGGAAAUCUUUGUUAGUGUUUCAGGUGAAUGCCACUACACGCCUGCUGACAGCGUUUUUUCACACCUUACAGACUAUAUUCGUGCAAAGCUAAAUGAGAACCCAGUAAUGAUCUCGCGCCUAAAAAGCAGUUGCGAUUGUGUCAGUGGUUGUGGAGCCAAGGUGUGGAAAUAAAAAGUUGUUCAUGCC